GGUAGAACGGUUGGAAAGAGUAAGAGAGUAUUCGUACGCUUGUAUUUAGGAGGAAAAUCGUGACUGCUUGAUCGCGUUUAAUAUUUUUCUAUAUAUCGUUCCGAUUUAACAGAAUAUCACUGAUAUAUUUUAUAUAAAGAUGAACGUGACUGAAAGCGUACAAACCGUACUUGGAAGGAUAAGACUUCCAGAACUCGGCCGAGUUUUGACACACGAACAUGUCGCUGUGGAUUUUACCGCGUUUUACACAGCACCACCGAAUAGAUUAACACGUUUCUUGAAUGAUCAAAUCAAGCUUCAUACUCUCGGAUUGGUGAAACAGUAUCCAUAUAGUAACAUGUAUAAUAUCAAAUUCAAUGAUGUCGAAACCGCUUACGCCGUGUUAGAAGAUCUAAGAUUACUUCGCUACUUUGGCGGUGGUACUAUAGUGGAAAACAGUAGCCACGGUUUGAAACGCGAUGUUUUAUUGAUGAAAACGCUCAGUGAAAAGACUGGAAUUAAUAUUAUAGCUGGCACAGGAUUCUACGUUGCGAAAGUACAGAACGCUAGUACUUUGAAUUUAUCCAUCGAAAAUAUGUAUAACGUGAUUAUGAAAGAAAUGACCGAAGGUUGCGAGGAGUGUUCCCUGAUCAAAACGGGAUUUAUCGGAGAAGUUGGAACUUCUUUGCCGAUCGAAGAUUUUGAGAGACGCUCAAUACAGGCUACUGCAGCAGCUCAAGCACAACUACGAUGCCCCGUUAGUUUCCAUCCGGGAAGAGAUUCGAGUUUACCUGCCGAAAUAAUCAGAAUUUAUGAGGAAGCGGGCGGAGAUUCGCGCAAGGCUGUAAUGUCCCAUCUCGAUCGUACUUUCACCGAUAAAGAAGCUCUGCUGGAAUUCGCGGAUGACACUAGGUGUUAUUGUCAGUUUGAUCUCUUUGGCACCGAAUGUUCUUUCUAUCAAUUGAAUCCAUUAGUUGACAUGUUAUCCGAUGCACAACGUGUCGAUUACGUUCAGAUUUUACGAGACGAGGGAAAACUAGAAAGAGUACUUAUGAGUCAUGAUAUUCACACUAAACAUCGUUUGGUUAAUUACGGAGGUCACGGUUACGCUCAUCUCUACAACAACGUACUCCCGAAGUUUAGAAUGAGAGGAUUUUCCGAAGAGGAAAUAGAGACGUUGAUUGUUACCAAUCCGAAAGAGUGGCUCUUCUUUUAAAUUCUUUUUUGUUACUAUAUAUAUAUAAUGCACUCGUUGAAUUAACAUUUUAUUCGAUCAUUUAUUAAUAAAUUAAGAUAAUCUUUUUUUCA